AUGCUCAACUGGUGGCUGAUUGUGAUCCUGGUCGUCGUCGCCCUGCUGUGCGUGGGGCUGGGCCUCUACGUCCUCUUCUACUUUGUCUCGGAGGACGACGACGGCGGGGACUACGGCGCGCGGGCCAUCGUCGUCCUCGGCAUGGUGGUUGCCAUGGGCGUCGUGCUGCUGCUACCGCUGGACGUCGCCAACGCCACCGACCCCACCGUGCCGCACAAGUACUCGAACACCCUCAACACGCAGCUCAUGUGGCAGAUUGUGCUUUGGAUCCUCCUCAUCCUGGCCCUCGUCGUGGUGCCCUUCGUGAUGUUCUUCUACGAGGCCUUCGACCCGGAGAAGAACAGGCUCGGCAAGCAGAUUCUGCAGGCGGUGCUCUACACCCUUGCCGUCUUUGGCGUGUUUGCCAUCAUCUGCGGCGUGUGCUACAGCCUGGUGGGGGUGGCGCGGGUGCCGGUGAAGACGUACGUGGGAUUCCCACAACUCGUCGUCGACGUGGACGACGUUGUGUACAACGGCUCACGGGGCUCUGCCUACGAGGACAUCGGUGUCAGCUUCUUCACCUACUGCGUCGGCCUGAUGUGUUUCAUUGGCUGGAUCGCCUUCUUCUUCUACGGCGGAGUGGGGCUCGUGUCCUUCCCCAUCGACCUCAUCCUCGGCUUCGUGAGGCGGACCAAGGCGAUCAGUGGCUCCCGCUUCGCGGAGGAGAUGGCCAUCGUCGCAGCCAAAAGCGAUGCCCUGCUGGAGUUGUCGCUGGAGUUGCAGCGGAAGUGCCGUGGCAGCAUCAGCGCCUCGCAGCGGAACAAGAUCAACAUCCUGCGCAACGAGACGUACCUGCUCGAGGCACAGCAGGAGCAGCUUAUAUGGGCCUACACAAAGGCGGGUGGCUCCCCCUUCGUCGUCUACGGCCGUCUUUUGCUGGGCAUCGUCUCCUGCGGCAUGAGUCUGGCGUGGAUCCUGCAUAUCUUCAUCUACAACACCUUUGACGUCUCCCCCUUCCUCAACAACAUUCUCACCGCGCUGGACGGCGUCUUUGCGCUCUUCGGCGUCAUCGCCUACGGGGUGUUUGUCUUUUACCUGAUGUGGGUGACCUUUGAGGGGCAGGUGCGCCUCGGCAUGCGGCUUGUGUUCCUGCAGAUUCAUCCGCUGAAGCCACACGACACGACACUCAACUCGCUGCUGUUUAACGUGUCACUGUGCCUCCUGACGGGCCCUGCCAUUGUGGAGUUUGCCGCCCGCUCCUUUCAAGAGUACGGCCCACUCACGGCGAUCAACGCACUAAUGAACAUUUAUGUGCUGCACCUGAAGGGCAUCGGGUGCUUCAUCAAGUGGGCCCAGCUUUGCUUCGUUGGCAUCUCGCUACUGUCAGUGGUCUGGGUGCUUCUGUGCCCCGUGAAGGUGCGGCGCAGGGACCCGACGAAGCUGCGGCUUUGA